UCUUGUGAGGUGGAAAAACCUGGGCUGAGAAUGAGCAUUUGACUUCAAAGCAAAUAAUUUCUGAUAAACACAAAUCCUGUGGCAUGGGAUCAGGUGAACAUCAGAGAGGGGGACCUGACUUUCAAGAUACCUGCAUGUCAGAGGGCAAGUUAGAUAGGCGUAGAGGAAAUUUCACAAGGGAUAGAAUGAAUAAAAAUGAGAGACAUUCUGUGAAGGAGAUAGUUAAUAAUGAGAAACUUGCUAUAGCAAAUAAAAAGCAUCCAAAAAAGAAAUCAGAAAAAAUUGUUAGUGUGUGUUCUCAGCGUGAAAAACAUCUGCAAGUUCCAGGUAUCCAGAUUUUCUGUAACUCUGAUGUGUGGGACAAACAUUACAGUUGUAAUCGUAAUUCAGACUUUUUUCAGCAUCAGAAAAACCCCAUUGGAGAAAAGGCAUAUCAAUGUAAGGAGUGUGUCAGAGUCUUUAGCCUUAGCUCCACUUUUGUUCAGCACCAAAGUAUUCAAGGUGGAAAGCCACCCUAUGCGUGCAAGGAGUGUGGCAAGGCAUUCAGGAGCAACUCCCAGUACACAGCACACCUGCGAAUUCACACUGGAGAGAAGCCCUAUCAGUGUAAGGAGUGUGGUAAAGCCUUUAGGUUCAACUCUAGUUUUAUACAUCACCGAAGGAUCCACAGUGGGGAGCGACCCUAUGCAUGCAAAGAGUGUGGCAAGGCUUUUAGGUGCAGCUCCCACUGCACUAAACACCAACGAAUCCACACUGGGGAGAGGCUCCACGAGUGUAAGGAGUGUGGCAAAACCUUUGUUUUCAAAUCCACACUGUUUCAUUAUCAGAGAGUGCAUACUGGGGAGAAACCAUUUAAAUGCAAGGACUGUGGUAAGGCCUUUGGUGAGAAAAAUACUUUUAUUCAGCAUCAGAGAAUUCAUACUGGUGAGAAACCAUAUAUAUGUAAGGAGUGUGGCAAAGCUUUUCAUGUGAACUCACAGCUCAUUCACCACCAAUUGCUACACACUGGAGAGAGACCCUACCAAUGUAAAGAGUGUGGGAAAAGCUUCACCUGGAACUCAAACCUUGUCCAGCAUCGGAAAAUUCACUCUGGGGAGAAAGCCUAUCAAUGUGAGGAAUGUGGGACGGCCUUCAGGCAGAAAGGUAAUUUAAAUCGACAUCAGCAAAUCCACCCUUGCAAGACAGAUUUCAAAGAAAGUUCAGGAUUGGAGCAACACCAGAGAUUCCAUGAUGGAGAAGGAGACUGUAAAUGUGAGGAUUGUGGGAAAAUCUUUAUUCAGAAUUCAAAUUUUAUUUGCCAUCGGAAUAUUCACUCAGGAGACAAACUUUUAAAUGAAAUUGUUGGUUCAUGUGUCCCCCGAGUGCAGCUUGUUCGGCCCUCCCCUUCUUGGCCUGGCCACACCAAUCCAGCCCUACGUCUCACCUCUCCCCAGAGGGCUCCCUCUGCUCCAGCCAGUGCUUUCUCCCCACGCUCCACAUCAUCCACUCUCUCACUUCCUACCUCACAGCCCUUGCUCUUUUUGCUUCCUCACAUGCCCUCCCCUCUUCUCUCUCUCUUUCUUUGAUCUUUCCUGGACUUAAAUAGGCCUUCUGAAGUUUGUAACUUUGAUACUGCCUUUUGCACUGUCUUACAUACACCUUUCUCCACCUUGAAUUAUUACCUUUUCUAGAUGGCCACAUUAUACUUGCUACUCAGUUAUAUGCUGGGGUUUUUUCCCCCAUGUAGUGGACUCAGAUUUUUAUGUUUAACUGUUGCAGCCAAGUUGUCACUUCUCAAGGACAGGAAUCACAUGACUAGAUGAAGAAAGGUGAGGAAGUUGGGAAGUAUUUCCACUGUAAAUGAAUGUAUGGCAUGACCAUUUAAGUGUUGAUUAUAGGAAUGGUAGAAAUGAGCAAUUUCACUCAGUUCAGGAAGGAAGAGAUUUAAAUAGAAACUGAAGAUAUUGCUGUAAGAAUGGACCUUAUAGGAGGCUGUAAGCUAGUAGUAAAUGAGAACUG